UUCACAUUUGUGAUUCCUUUUAAGAGGAAAUCUUUUGCUAAAAUACGAUGACAGAAAUAAGAGUAACGCCUCUAGGUGCUGGACAGGAUGUGGGCCGGAGCUGUAUUCUGCUUUCCAUUGGUGGUAAAAAUGUCAUGUUGGAUUGUGGAAUGCAUAUGGGAUACAAUGACGAGCGACGGUUUCCUGAUUUCACCUAUAUCACCAAAGAAGGCCGACUAACACAACACUUAGAUUGUGUGAUAAUAAGUCACUUUCACCUAGACCACUGUGGUGCACUACCCUACAUGUCAGAGAUGGUAGGAUUUGAUGGCCCCAUAUAUAUGACCCAUCCAACCAAGGCUAUUUGCCCUAUACUGCUUGAGGAUUACAGAAAAAUAACAGUGGAAAGAAAAGGAGAGACCAAUUUUUUUACUUCUGAAAUGAUCAAAACCUGCAUGAAAAAGGUGAUUGCUGUCAACUUACAUCAAACAAUGCAAGUCGAUGACGAGAUGGAAAUCAAAGCCUACUACGCCGGCCAUGUAUUAGGAGCUGCCAUGUUCCAUAUCAAAGUAGGACAGCAGUCUGUUGUGUAUACAGGUGACUACAACAUGACUCCUGAUCGACAUCUAGGGGCAGCAUGGAUUGAUAAGUGUCGUCCUGACUUACUGAUCACAGAAUCAACAUACGCUACAACUAUCCGUGAUUCUAAAAGAUGUAGGGAACGUGACUUCCUGAAGAAAGUCCACAAUUGUGUGGAGAAAGGAGGGAAGGUGUUAAUUCCUGUGUUUGCUUUGGGACGUGCUCAGGAGUUGUGUAUCCUGUUGGAAACGUACUGGGAUCGAAUGAAUCUCAAGGUGCCUGUCUACUUCUCCCUCGGACUUACAGAAAAGGCAAAUCACUACUACAAACUUUUUAUUACGUGGACGAGUCAGAAGAUUAAAAAGACAUUUGUACAAAGAAACAUGUUUGAAUUCAAACAUAUAAAGCCUUUUGAUCGGGCCUACAUUGACAAUCCAGGACCAAUGGUUGUGUUUGCUACACCUGGAAUGUUGCAUGCUGGACUUUCAUUACAAAUCUUUAGACGCUGGGCACCAAAUGAAAAGAACAUGGUAAUUAUGCCUGGAUACUGUGUGGCUGGAACCGUGGGACAUAAAAUCCUGAAUGGCAUUCGUAAACUGGAGAUGGAGAACAAACAGAUGUUGGAUGUAAAAUUAGCUGUGGAGUACAUGUCGUUCAGUGCUCAUGCUGAUGCUAAGGGAAUCAUGCAGCUUAUUAGUCAGUGUGAACCACGUAAUGUCCUGCUGGUUCAUGGUGAAGCUGUCAAGAUGGAAUUCCUCAAGACAAAAAUCAAACAAGAAUUUAGUAUCGACUGUUUUAUGCCUGCCAAUGGUGAAACUGCUGUGAUGGACACAAAACACAAUAUACCUGUAGAUAUUUCCUUGUCGUUGUUAAAAAGGGAAUCGUCUAAAGUUGGUCUGCUUCCUCCUGAUGCAAAGAGGCCGAGGGUUUUACACGGGGCUCUGGUGAUGAAAGGCAGUAAGCUGCAGUUGAUUGAUCCAGCAGAUGCUCUCAAGGAUUAUGGUCUCGCUGAACAUCAGCUCCGAUUUACCUCCACAUUAUCAUUUGACGAGGAAGGACCAACAACAGGGACUGCUGAUAAAAUCUACCAACUUGUAAAAAGCCAACUGAAGGACUUUCCCACUCAUUAUUCAUCAGACGGAAGUAUCACAAUUUCCGAUUCAGUCCUGGUGCAGGUGUCAGGAGAUCAAGAAUCAAAGUCAGUGCUAGUGUCAUGGUCCUAUGAGGAUGAAGACGUUGGAAGUUAUCUAUUGCAGUUGCUGAAAUCGGAACUAGUUACCUGAAGUUGUCUUAUCACAUGAUAUAAAGUGAUGUGUUUAAGGAGGCCAACAGGAUCUGGUGACACCUUUAGUGUAAAAUUUGUGUACUAACAGUGCUAGAACUGAAGGUGGAAUGGGAAAUAGUUUAUUUUGAUAAACUUUAAAACAAACUGAGGAGAAUGGAAUCACAUUGAUCUGGUCAUGGAUACUGAAUGUCACUUCCUAAAUAUUGACGUCUUGAUGUGUUUAUCUGGAAAUAAUCCCAAUAAGAAUUUCCUGAUGUAAAUAUAAUUAUACUGACGUACAGUCUUAAUCUUGUUUGUGAGAAAGGGGACCUGUCUGAUUGUGAGAAUGGGGACCUGUCUGAUUGUGAGAAUGGGGACCUGUCUGAUUGUGAGAUUGGGGACCUGUCUGAUUGUGAGAAUGGGGACCUGUCUGAUUGUGAGAAUGGGGACCUGUCUGAUUGUGAGAAUGGGGACCUGUCUGAUUGUGAGAUUGGGGACCUGUCUGAUUGUGAGAAUGGGGACCUGUCUGAUUGUGAGAUUGGGGACCUGUCUGAUUGUGAGAUUGGGGACCUGUCUGAUUGUGAGAUUGGGGACCUGUCUGAUUGUGAGAUUGGGGACCUGUCUGAUUGUGAGAUUGGGGACCAGUCUGAUUGUGAGAAUAGGGACUUGCCUGAAAAGCUAAUGUUGUGUUAAUCCAGACAGAUUUAUUUCAGGAGAGUAUUUCCAUAACCUGAAUUUCCCAUUGUAAGUGGUGCUUUAUAUCCCAGAAUUUUUACUGAGGAUGCUGAUGGUAUCCAUACACAGCCUGUCACAUCACAUCGUAUAGUGAUGUCAUCAGUGACUCUUAAUUGUGAUGUCAUUUCCUGAAGGAUUGGAUUAGGUUGUGUCAGGGUUCAAAGGUCAAAAUAACCAUUACUAUUAAUAAAGAAAUAAUAAAUUUGAAUGGAAACAGGGAAUUUAUGUCUAACAUGCUUUCUCUAGUUUUCAAGAAAAUGUCUUUCGCAUAAAAAUCUUGAGUAUUUAUAUCAUAUAACACAUUUUGUGAUAUACAUCAAUGUUUUGCUAUAUUUUCAUCAAAUUCUAGAUGUGGACAUUGUAAAGUGUAAAAUACAUAUUCAGAUCUAGAUGUUCUAUAAAGAUGGUAAAUUUCUCAGGUCAAAAGUUUUGUGAAUUUCUUUUAAAGUGAAAAAAUCAUAUUUCAAGGAAUU